GCCUCCUCCCCAGCAUCCACCGCCGCCUCCUCCACUCAUCGGCUUCCUCCACCGCCGCUGCUUGCAUCCUCUCCCCCCCAGCCCACCACCGUCCGCCGCCUCCGUCCCCUCGCUCGACAUCGCCGCCACCGCUGCCUCCCUCUCCUCCAUCCCCCUCACUGCCUCCCUCCCCUCCAUCCCCCUCGUUCCACAUCACCGACGCCGACCACCUCAUCCCCGUCGACGUCGACGCUGACGCCGACCACCUCAUCCCCACCGACGCCGACGCCGACCACCUCAUCCCCAUCGACGCCACCGCCGAUUGCCUCCUCGACCGACGCUGCCGACGUCGCCGAGGCCACCGACGGCGGACCUCCUCCCCAAGCCGACGACGCCACCGACCGACGACGCCGCCGACGCCACCGACCACUUCCUCCGCAAGCCGAUGGCCACCUCCUCCCCAAGCAGCGGCCACCUCGCCCCCAAGCAGCGGCCGGCCACCUCGCCCCCAAGCCGCCGGCCGCAUCCUACCUCCUCCCCAAGCCUCCUCCAGAACGCGAAUCGAAGAUGUCAGGCAAGACAGCUCCGGCGGGCACAGAACCGACGGUCAAUAAACCUAAUGGGCAGGACAGCUUCGUCGGACACAGAACCGACGUCACUAACAAUCCCCAACACAAAGAAGAUGCCGGGAAGGUACCGGCGUCGAGCGAGGAAUUGUGGCGCACACCGAGCGACCCGUUUGAGCUAGAACUAGCGCAAUUGCAGUAUGAAAGACCUGAGGAUGACCCCGAUUAUAUUCCUAUCAAGCAGGCGAUGGCAACCCGUCGUCGGUCAAAACGAAGUGCCGUCAGGGUUGAACCUGAUUCGGACACAGCGACCUCGGGAUCACCGCAAACGGACACGACGACGAGUGGUGAAGCUUGUCCAAAGAAAAAACGUGGCGAGAAGGGCAGGAACCUCUUGCCGAAGGAGACGUACUACAUUGCUGCUCUCGACGAUGACGGCAAACCCGUCGAGCCGGAACAUGUAAGGGCGAAGUUUAGCACCGCAUGUGGCGCGCUGGCAAGGCUUCAUGGGCCUCUCAACGUGGACGAAUGGAAGCACGUUAGCAUUCACAUCAAGAACUUAAUGUGGGAAGGUCUGCAGGAGCACCUUAUUUAUCCGCCUGGGUCGGAGUCAAUUGGCCGGAAAUUUGCACUGCAAACAAUUGCCCAUCGGUGGCGACAGUGGAAGUCGGACAUGGACACCAAUUAUAUUCAGAAGAAUAAGACUCCAUUUGAAGAAUGUGGCAACAUUUCAGCAGCUGAGUGGGACAAGUUCGUGGCCAAGAUGACAACGCCUCAAGCUCUAGAAAGGAGGAAGAAGUUGUUGGACCUGGCGAAGAAGAAACAUAUAUCCACACAGGUUAGGGUCAAGUGGAUACGCCGGUCACGAGAAGAAAUGGCGAGCUAUGGAGGAAAAGUUUGUGGCCGAAGGCAAACCUUUGAUUGUGCAGCCCAUAAAUAAGAGAACUAGAAAUUGGGUGUGGGCAAGAACUUCGGGGCAAGUGACAGAAGAGGGUGAGAUGCUGUUGGACUGUCCGGACAUCCAGAACGUGACCACGUCUCUCCAGUAGAUCGUCCAGAAGGAGAAGACCGGUGAGUUCGUCCCUCGACGGCAGCAUGAUGAGCUGACCGAAGCUUUGGGAACUGUAGAACACUCCGGUAGGGUCAGAGGACAGUUGUGCAGGACGAAUUGGAAGGUAGGGUUUCCACAGUGUCGGUGACAUGGGACCGGGAGUAUCAUGACUAGAGGUUUGGGCAGGAGCAAUCACCCACGUGGCCUGACCCCCUCGGGGGGGUCGGGCCCGAGGGUGAUGAGGCCGCCCCUCUCUUUGUCUCCCCGAGGGAUCGGACCACU